CAAAGAGUAUGUAAUCACUAGUGCCAACUGACGUGUGUUGUUGUGUGGUGUUAUUCAUUCAAGAUUCGAAACAUAAUCAAAAAUUGGAAUACCUAUCUCAAAGAGUAAAUGUAUUUAAACUUUAAAGGGUAACCUACCUAUACCACUGUAGAAAGCUGUGAGUCUGAUAGAAAGCCACAAAAUAAGAAGAAAGAAGAUAUUGUAAAAUUAUCUUUUUAUUGUCAGACAGAAAAUUACGCGAAAACAGUUAUGAGUCGAAACAUCGAUGAUAAAAACUUUUUAGCAGCAUUUGUGAUCAUAAUCUUAUUCUAUUUUGGUGAAUGCUCCAUUCAUCAGAAUUUAAAAUAUUAUGAGACAUUACAUGCAUCAAAGUUAACACAUCACAUAGUGAAGCGAGGUACCAAGCUCUCCAAGCAUCCCUUUAACACAAUAAAAGAGCUACACUUUCAAACACUUGGAAAGAGUUUUAGGCUUAUCCUGCAUCCACACAAUUCUGUGCUGCAUUCUAAUUUCAAAGCAUAUUCUGUGGAUGCUGAUGGGAACAAAACUGUAGUUCAUAUUGAUUAUGAUCAAUUCUACACUGGCAGAGUAUUUGGUGAAGUGACAUCAGAAGUUAAGCUUCAUAUUGAUGAUGGAGUCAUCACGGGUAUCAUUCAUACUCCUGAUGAAACCUUUCACAUUGAGCCAUCAUGGAGGCACUUACCACAUCUUGGUGACAAAACUAUGAUCACUUACCGCUCCUCAGAUAUAAAGCUUAGUUGGUCCGGUACUGAGAACCACAAUCCACGGGUUUGUGGCUAUGUCAAGGAAGGAGAGGAGUUGGAAGACGAUGAAGAAGAUGACUACAACGAUGAUUUGGAAUCAAAGCACGAACAAUCUGAAAAGAACAAAUAUUUAGACCGAAAACAAGAAAAUGGGCACAUUACUGAAAAAUCAGCACCAGAUAUUAGGAAUGAUGAGGACUUAAAACAUGGAAAACGAGUUAAAAGGCAGAGCGACUAUGAGUACACGCCCACGAAGACACGAUGUCCGUUGCUACUUGUGGCUGAUUAUAGAUUUUUUCAAGAAAUGGGUGCAAGUAAUACUAAGAGCACCAUCAGUUAUUUGAUCAGCUUAAUUGACAGAGUUCAUAAAAUUUACAAUGAUACAGUAUGGCAAGAUCGUCAAGAUGCAGAUGGGUUUAAGGGUAUGGGAUUCGUGAUCAAAAAGAUCUUGGUGCACUCUGAGCCAACGCGUGUGCGCGGCGGCGAGGCGCACUACAACAUGGUGCGCGAGAAGUGGGACGUACGCAACCUACUCGAGGUGUUCAGUCGUGAGUACUCACACAAGGACUUCUGCCUGGCGCACCUGUUUACGGACCUCAAGUUCGAAGGCGGCAUCCUCGGUCUCGCGUACGUCGGUUCGCCGCGUCGGAACUCCGUAGGCGGGAUUUGCACCCCCGAGUACUUUAAGAACGGAUACACCUUGUACCUGAACUCCGGUCUAUCGUCUUCGCGCAACCACUACGGGCAGCGCGUGAUCACGCGCGAGGCGGACCUGGUGACGGCGCACGAGUUCGGCCACAACUGGGGCUCAGAGCACGACCCCGACGUGGCUGAGUGCUCGCCCGCCGCCAGCCACGGCGGCUCCUACCUUAUGUACACCUACAGCGUCAGCGGCUACGACGUCAACAAUAAGCGUUUCUCGCCGUGCAGCCUGCGCUCGAUCCGCAAAGUGCUGCAGGCCAAGUCGGGGCGCUGCUUCUCCGAGCCCGAGGAGAGCUUUUGUGGCAACCUGCGCGUCGAGGGCGGGGAGGAGUGCGACGCCGGCUUACUGGGUACGGAGGAUAACGAUAUGUGCUGCGAUAAAAAUUGUAAGCUCCGGAAAAAUCAAGGGGCUGUUUGCAGUGACAAGAACUCUCCGUGCUGUGCGGGCUGCGUGUUCGCGGCGCCGGGCGUGGUGUGUCGUGAGGCCGCGCACUCGGCCUGCGAGGGCGAGGCCACAUGCAACGGUGCCUCCGCCGACUGUCCCAAGGCGCCGGCCAUCGCGGACGAGCACGAGUGCGCGGAGCGCGGGCGCUGCCGCAACGGCUCGUGCGUGCCCUACUGCGAGACGCAAGGCCUGCACAGCUGCAUGUGCGAUAUCGUUGCGGAUGCCUGCAAACGUUGUUGUCGUAAAAGUUUAAACAAGACAUGCUUCCCAGUGGCACACAACGACAUCUUGCCUGAUGGCACGCCCUGCAUUCAAGGCUUUUGUAAUAAGGGUGUUUGUGAGAAAACUAUCCAAGAUGUAGUGGAGCGUUUCUGGGACAUAAUCGAGGACAUCAAUAUCAAUAACGUGCUGGGCUUCCUGCGCGACAACAUUGUUGGCGUUGUCGUGCUCGGGACCGCCUUUGUGUGGAUACCUGCCAGUUGUGUAAUAAGCUACGUGGACCGGCGGCGCCAGCGGCAGCAGCAGAAGUACGCGGAGUGGGAGCGGCAGCGCGACACCUUCGUGCAUCCCUCGUCGCCGCGCAAGAUCAUAUACACAAGAUUGCCAAAACUAAAGCCUCCUGGAAUGAAAACUGUUAUUCAAGGAACUAGUCAAAUAUAAGUUUGAAUUAGUAUUACAAAUUAAUAUUUAUAAGUUACUAGCUUAUGAUCGCGA